AUGUUCAUCAAUGGAUUUCAAUACAAUCUGUUUGAAUCUCUUACUCCCGAUGACUAUUCUGUGGCCAAUCGAUCGCAAAUCUAUCAAAGAGUUGGACACAUCAAUCAUACUAUUGAUCGGUUCAAUCGUAUGUCGGGUUUUGCCAAAAAUGUCAGCAAAAUAUAUGAACCGAUUGUCAAUAGAUUGACGGCUCGUUUCAGUGAACUAUUGAUGGAAAUUGAUUUACCAAAUGAUUGCAUGUCUUCGUUGAUAAAGUUAGGAUCGGCUGUGAAAGACAAGAAAAAAUGGGCACUAAAUUUUUUGCGGACAUUCCCAACACCUAAAUCUGGUUUAAUACAGGGAAGUACUUCACCGAUCGGUUAUGAUGAGUGCCUAAGUAUAGAAAGUACUAACGAUAUGAGUGGACAGUCUAUUAGAGGACAAUAUUGUUGGGUCGCUAAACAAAGAAAUAAAUUUUAUUAA